AUGUGCAUAUUUGACGAUGAUUUUUAUAUAACAGAAAAAAUGCUUAAAGUACAUCCAUGGCUGUUGACUGAUAAAUUGGUUGUAAAACCUGAUCAACUUAUAAAAAGACGUGGGAAAUCAGGUUUAUUGUUGUUAAAUGCUGAUUGGCAACAAGUCAAAGAAUGGGUUAAGGAGAGAUGUGGCAAAGAAAUUCAGGUUGAUAAAGUAGCUGGUGUUUUAAAAACUUUCCUUGUUGAACCUUUCGUUCCUCACCCUUCACAUACCGAAUAUUAUAUAAACAUCAAUUCUGUUCGGGAUGGUGAUUAUAUAUUAUUUACCCAUGAAGGUGGCAUCGAAGUCGGUGAUGUUGAUGCUAAAGCUUUAAAACUUUUAAUUGAAGUUAAUAAACCUUUACCUACAUGUCAAGAAAUAAAAGAUACUUUGUUAAUUAAUGUUCCUGAUUCAAAAAAAGAUGUUUUAGUCGAUUUCAUUUCUCGUUUAUAUGCUGUAUACGUUGAUUUACAUUUUACAUACCUCGAAAUCAAUCCAUUGGUUGUGUUAGAUCCUGUUCCAGGAGAGGAUGUACCAAAAAUUUAUUACUUGGAUUUAGCUGCUAAAUUAGAUCAAACUGCUGAAUUUGAGGCAGGUCCAAAGUGGGCUAUUGCUCGUGCUCCAAAAAGUGUUGGUAUUCCUGAUAUUUAUGGUACUACAAAGUCUGCAAAAUCUCAAAUUGAUCAAGGUCCUCCUAUGGAAUUUCCGGCUCCUUUCGGUCGUGAAUCAACGAAAGAAGAAGCUUAUAUACAAGAAUUAGAUUCUAAAACUGGUGCUUCUUUGAAAUUAACUAUUUUAAAUAAAGAAGGAAGAAUAUGGACUAUGGUUGCUGGUGGUGGUGCAUCAGUUGUAUAUAGUGAUGCUAUUGCCGCUUUAGGAUUCGCCAACGAGCUCGCUAACUAUGGUGAAUAUUCAGGUGCUCCUACUGAAACACAAACCUAUGAAUACGCAAAGACAAUACUUGAUUUAAUGACUCGUCAAUCUGUUCCGGAUCCUAAAGGAAAAGUCCUUAUUAUUGGUGGUGGUAUUGCAAAUUUCACGAAUGUCGCUGUCACUUUCAAAGGAUUAAUUCGUGCAUUACAAGAGUUUAAAAAGCCAUUGAUCACACAUAAUGUAAAAAUAUUUGUUAGGCGUGGUGGCCCUAAUUAUCAAGAAGGAUUAAGGGCUAUGAGACAAUUAGGUGAUGACAUUGGUGUUGAAAUUAAUGUGUUUGGACCCGAAACUCAUAUCACUGAGAUUGUACCAUUAGCUUUAUUGGGACAUGGCUCUGGACUUGAUAACGACUUUAAUGAUAAGGUCGAUAAAACUAGUAAUUAUUUCAAUGAUAGAUUACCUGAAACAUCAUAUACUACUUCAAAGAAAUCUACAGAAGUAAAUUCUGAUGCUACAGUAAAAUCUAAAGAAAAUAAUUCUCGCCCUUCAACUCCGAUACCUGAUCCACGUGAACGAAUGGCUUACUUUGAGAAUCCUACUACUCAAGAACGUCCUUGGUAUAUUUCUUUCACCAAAGAAACUCGUGCUUUUGUAUAUGGAAUGCAGGCUCGCGCUGUUCAAGGCAUGUUAGACUUUGACUAUAUGUGCAAACGGGAGGUCCCUUCAGUUGCUGCCAUGAUUUAUCCUUUUGGUGGAAGCCACUUACAAAAAUUUUAUUGGGGUACAAAGGAAACACUUCUUAACGUCUUCAGCAAUCUCGAGGAAGCAAUAACAAAAUUUCCAGAAGUUGAUACUAUCGUAAAUUUUGCUUCGUCUCGCUCAGUUUACGAUUCAACUUCUGAAUUCUUUAAAUAUAGUAAUCAAAUAAAAACCAUUGCGAUUAUUGCUGAAGGUGUUCCUGAACGUUACGCACGAAAAAUACUUCAUGAGGCUAAAGAGAAGAAUGUAUUAAUAAUUGGUCCCGCAACUGUUGGCGGUAUUAAACCUGGAUGUUUUAAGAUUGGAAAUACAGGAGGCAUGAUGGAUAACAUAAUUUCUUCCAAAUUGUAUCGUCCGGGUUCAGUAGCUUAUGUUUCAAAAUCCGGUGGAAUGUCCAAUGAAUUGAAUAAUAUUAUAUCUAGGACUACUAAUGGUGUAUAUGAUGGUGUGGCUAUAGGUGGUGAUAGAUACCCUGGUUCCACCUUUAUUGAUCAUUUAUUACGUUUUGAAAAUGAUCCAAAUUGUAAGAUAUUGAUCUUGUUAGGUGAGGUUGGAGGUGUGGAAGAAUAUCGAGUGUGUGAAGCUAUUAAAGAUGGACGUAUCAAAAAACCAUUAAUAGCAUGGUGUAUUGGAACUUGUGCCAUGAUGUUUGCAACAGAAGUUCAAUUUGGACAUGCUGGUGCUAUGGCCCAAUCAGAUUUAGAAACUGCAAACGCAAAAAACAGUGCAUUAAGAAACGCUGGUGCUGUCGUUCCAGAGACUUUUGAAAAAUUACCUUUAGCAUUACAUGAAGUUUAUCAAAAACUUGUAUCUGAAGGUGUCAUUAUACCUGCACCGGAACCAGAAGUUCCAAAGGUACCUAUUGAUUAUUCUUGGGCACAGGAACUUGGAUUGGUUCGUAAACCUGCAAGUUUCAUGUCUACCAUAUGUGAUGAUCGUGGUCAAGAAUUGUUGUAUGCUGGAAUGAGAAUAUCUGAUGUGUUUAAAGAAAAUAUUGGAAUCGGUGGUGUUUUAAGUUUACUUUGGUUUAAACGACGACUUCCUGACUAUGCAUGUCGAUUUAUCGAAAUGAUACUCAUGUUGACAGCCGAUCAUGGACCUGCUGUAUCUGGUGCUCACAAUACAAUUGUUACUGCUCGUGCCGGAAAGGAUCUUAUAUCAAGUUUGUGUUCUGGACUUUUAACAAUAGGAGAUCGAUUUGGAGGUGCACUUGAUGGUGCCGCAGAGAUGUUUACCAGUGCUUAUGAUAAGAGUUUAACUCCUCGCGAAUUUGUUAAUUCAAUGCGAAGACAAAAUAAACUUAUUCUCGGUAUAGGACAUAAAGUCAAAUCACGCAAUAACCCAGACUUUCGUGUCGAAAUAAUAAAGGAUUUUGCCAAAAAAAAUUUUCCAUCUAACAAGUUAUUGGAUUAUGCUUUAGCCGUUGAAGAAAUAACAACAGCGAAAAAAGAUUCACUAAUUCUUAAUCUUGAUGGUGCCAUCGCAGUUUGUUUCGUUGAUAUGUUACGUGAAUCAGGUGCUUUUAGUAGGGAAGAAGCUGAAGAAUAUAUUAAAAUUGGUACCUUAAACGGAUUAUUUGUAUUAGGUAGAAGCAUAGGCUUCACAGGUCAUUAUCUUGAUCAACGUCGACUUAAACAAGGGCUUUAUCGACAUCCAUGGGAUGAUAUUUCUUAUUUGGUGCCAGGUGUGGAAACUGGUCGUACAUUUGUUAGUCAAGACAAAGUUAUAGAAAAGGGUGUAUGA